CUCCAUUAUCACCAUUGAAAAAAAUAUCUCAAAAUUAGUCUAAUCAGUACCAUGGUCUCAAGUUGCAAAAGCCAACUAGCUGUAUAUUUUUGUUUCUUACUCGAAUUUUCUUUGCAUUCACACAUCACAUGUUCGUUUUAACUUUGUAAAUUUCUGUUACGAAGGCACUAACUUCUUCUAUAUAAACUAUGUCCUAUAUCUCCUUCACAUUCAUCCCAAAAACAUUCCUAGAAUUUUCUAUGGCUCCUAAGGCUCUUGCAGUUACAGCUCUUCUUCUCACACUUAAUCUUCUUUUCUUCAGUUUUGUAACUUCCACAAAAUGUCCACCGACUACUCCUAAAACCCCAAAAUCUCCAAAGAAGGACCCUCCGGUUAAACCCACUUGUCCUACCGACACACUUAAGCUCGGUGUUUGCGCAGACCUAUUGGGCUUGGUUAACGUUCUUGUUGGUUCUCCACCAAAGACUCCAUGUUGUGCACUUCUUAAUGGUCUUGCUAAUGUUGAAGCUGCGGUUUGUCUUUGCACCGCUCUUAAAGCCAAUGUCUUGGGGAUUAAUCUCAAUGUUCCUGUUGAUCUGAGCUUGUUAUUGAACUAUUGUGGGAAGAAACUUCCUUAUGGCUUCCAAUGUGCUUGAAGAGAUUUUUUAAAAAAAUCUCUUGGUUAUGCUUUGUUCUGUUGGUUUCUAUUGUUAUCUAUUGUUUUUUUUUGUUUGUGAGAAAAAUGCAAAUCUACAACCUUUGUUAUUUCAUAUUGAACUUGUUAAUGAAAUCGUUUAUUGUAAUGUCUUA